AUGUUAGCAACUGUAGCUUUGAUCAUAAUUCCACACGCAAGAGGUGUUGUCGAAAUGGGCAUGGCACCUCAAAUUUUGCUUAGGGUCAGCAAGAGGACUCAACUACCUUUACUCGGGUCUAGGGGACACAACAGAGGUAAGUUUCGGAGCUUUGAAAUAUUGAUCGGGUUUGAAAAAUCUUUGAUAUCAACUUAUUUUGAAGAGAUUUGCUGUGGUUUCAUGGAAUAUCUAUAUGAUGCCCUCCAAAUGUUUGGUGAAAUGCCUCAGUGACAUUUUCAUUACUUUCUUAAAGUAAACCAAAUCAUCCCUCUAGUUUGCUUUUGGUCCUAUCAGGCCCUCCUUUAAAUGAAGAGACGCGAUGGAGAAUAUUUGGUUGCGUGAUAGUUUUAUUGUAGUAAUAUUUUUUAUUUUAUUAUUUUUGUAUCAAAAAGACUUUCUUAUUUGUGUAUUGUGUUAAAAGCUGUUGUAUCAAUCGUAAGCUCAUUUAUAUCAAGUUAUGUACAAGUUUGAAGCGUGAAGUACAAGUUAUUGUGAGUUACAUAUUGUAACUACAAGG